AUGGAAUAAAUUAAUAAAUUAGAUCUCUUUGGAGUUGUUAAAAGUACACUAAAUUAAUAAUUAUAGAUGGUGGAUUAAAAAAGGCUUUAGUUUUUUAUACUUUUGGUUUUUUUGGAACUUUAUUUAUGAUAAUCUCUUUUCUUAUGAUUUUAUCUAAUGCUUUAAAUGAACAAAAUAGUAUAAUCAUAAUCAUAAUAUUAGUGAAAAUAAUGAAGUCAAUAUCAGAUUUAAGUUAAAGUGGUCUUGAAGCCUACUAAAAUUAAAUGUAUGUAAAAACAAAAAAUGCAAUUUACUAAUUAUAACUUAUAAAAACUAAUGAGAAAUUAAAUUAAUUUUCUUAUGAUAUUUAAGCAUUCUAGACUGAACUAUAAUAGUAAGAUCAUUAAAUUUUUCAUUACAAAUUUUUUGAACUUUAAUGGCCUAAUUUCACAAAUUCAAUUACAAACAAAGAAAAUUGGUGUGGAUAGAAUUGUGUAAGUGUUCCUUUUAGAAAAUAUAUUAUAGAAGAGUGUUAGGAAGAUUGUAUCUUAUAUUUGAGUUAAAUUUGUUUGGUUUUCGAUAAAAAUGAAAUUUUAAGUGGUUGUUACUAAAAUUAACAAUUAGCUUUAUAUACAAAAGACAGAACUAAUUAAAUAAAAAUUUAAUUAAGACAUAAUAAAGAUCCUUUGGUUCAAAUUAAUCAUAAAUGUAAUGAUAUGAAUUAAUUAUAUAAUUAGAAAUAAUUCUAUCAAAUAAUUAUGAUCCUCUAAAUUUGAUUAUUUUUGGAGUAAUCUGUUUAAUUGUUUGCAUAAUGAUUAUGAUUAUAGUGAAUUUAAACCUAAAAACAUAAAAUAAAGAGAUAGAAAUGUAAGAAAUUGUAAGACAUCCUCCACCAAGAGUGAUCCCAUUAAAUUAUUGA